AUGUUGGAGUCGGAGAAAUUCAAGAACAUGCAGAACAGGAAAUGCUAUGCAUAUAUCAUAGCUGGGGUCGUGUUCCAGACCAUAAUCAUUCUGGUUUUCGCAUUGACAGUGAUGCGCAUCAAAACUCCUAGCGUUAGGCUAAGAUCCGUGACGGUGCAGAACCUCACCUAUAAUGCAUCAAACUCUCCUGCCUUCUUCACUCUGACUUUGAAUGCUGAAAUUGCAGUGAAGAACAAGAAUUUCGGACAUUUCAGGUUUGAAAAAAGCACUGCUAACGUUACUUUUGCGAAUGCGGUUGUGGGUGAUGGAGAUAUUAUCAAGGGACGUGCCAAAGCUAGGAAGACGAAGAGGAUGAACGUUGCGAUCGAUGUUAGCUCGAAUGGGGUCGUCAUAGAUGGUGCAAAGUUGAACAAUGAGCUGAAUUCCGGGAAUUUGACAUUGACAUGCCUUUCGAGAUUGAGAGGCAAGGUGACGCUGAUGAAGAUGAUGAAGAAGCGCAAGACUGCGGAUAUGAACUGCACCAUGACUGUUGAUUUGAAAAGCCAAGCUGUUCAUGUUUUAGAUUGUGAAUAA